AUGGUGGUAGAAUCAUCAGAGCUCGAUAAACCUGCCACUCGGAUCAAAGCAGUCCUCUUUGAUUUGGACGGAACACUGCUGGAUACGGAAGCCUUGAGCGACAAGGCGAUUUUGGAAGUAUUGGGUCCUUCGUUAGUGCCCGCCAGAGUCUGGAAGGAAUGCCAAGAAGACAACGUUCGAAUGCCUUGGGAGCUAAAAAAGCAACUCCUGGGAUUGCGAGGAUCCGAGUGGGCUCCCAAAGUCAUCAAAUAUGCUCACGAAAAGUGGAACGUUCCCCUGGACGACACGCGUACAGCCAUGACCGUCCAAGGCCUUUGGAACGGUUGGGAAGAGGCUUUGAAUCGACUGUGUGAAGAAGUCGAAGCGUGUCCAGGAGCUGCAGAGCUGGUCACACAGCUCGCUAGGGUCGGACUACCCAUGGCCUUGGCAACGUCGAGUCGUCAGUCGGCCGUCGACAAAAAGCGAAAACGUCACGGAACCAUGUUUCAGCACAUUCAAGCGAUAGUCCCGGGAGAUCAUCCAGCGGUCCAGAAUGGAAAGCCCGCUCCGGAUAUUUACCUGGAAGCGGCGCGGCAAUUGGGGAUGGAUCCCACGGAAUGCCUAGUAUUCGAAGAUGCGUUGUCAGGAGUAAGAUCAGGCAAAGCGGCUGGCUGUACAGUCGUCGCAGUUCCAGACCCACGAUUUUCCAGUGAAGAAAAGCAAGCAUUCCAGGACGAAGCUGAUGUCGUGGUCAGUAGUCUCUGGGAUUUCGACGGUCGUCGCUGGGGAAUCGAUGUCCACCUUGCAAAGCGGACCGCUGGUUAG